AUGGGUUACGAAAAUGUAUUGUUGCGACUUACCGAUACGGAACGUGAGGAUCUACAGUUGCUCAUAGCCGCCCUAAAGGUUAGCGAAUAUACAGACGAUGUGGAUGAUAUACGACAUCCUAACAGUCGUGAGGAAAGAAUGUAUCGUUGCAUGCGUGAGCUUUUUGAUACAACUUUGGGCCUUUGUAUUGCAUCGGGUAGCGUUUCACGAGAGGUGCGAGAGGAAGUUGCCAGAGGUAAUACGGAUGUUCGUUUGACGAUAAGUAUUUUAAUAGGUUUGUUUGAGAUUUUUCGACGCCACAAGCGACUUAAUCCUUUCAGCAAUAGAAGUGAGUUUGGGAAGCUAACCAUGCUGCUUCAGGAUGUUCAGAAACGGUCCAUUCAGGAACGACUACACAUAUCCCACAGUUUGCUGAUUCCAGUUCAGACAGUUGGGAUGGAACUGCGAAGGGUUGGGGCUGAAGAAUUGCUUACAGAUCGUGAUGUAGAUAAAUAUUUGGUGACCCACGGGACGGAGAAGGCGGCGGUUUUGCAAAAAUUAUUAGACCGUUAUGGAGGGAGCGAAUGUAAACCCGUUGUGGAGCGAUGUCUGCGCUCUAUCGAUGAUGUUUCACAAUUUAUUGAAGGAAAUGUUCGACCCCUACGCUGGUUGCGGCAGAUUAUCCUUGAAGAGUUUCUUCCGCUGGAUGGAAACCCUAAAUAUGACUUAUCCAUUCGUGCUGGCGUCAAUGGCGCUAAGUUUUCUCAUGAUCACAAACGUCAUUGCCAAUACGUGGUAGAAUCUCUGACAUUAUGGGAAAAUGUGCAGCGCAAUAUAUUUGAUUUUUGGCAGGUUUCUGAAGAUGACAUGCUUAUUGAUGGUGAUGGGCAUUAUACCUUUGUAAACACCGGACAAGGUUUUCACCGCAUGUGUCGUGCACCAAAGAGUUACUCCCGUAUGGCGAGAUGUGUAAAUGAGGCGGAUCAAGAAAUGGGCGGCUGGGUGGGAAUAAAGGUCAUUCACCUGGGGGAUCGCGAUGUGCCGAACCCGUUGGUGUUCAUUGAUAAAUACACCGUCAUUCCCCGCAUCGUUCAACCAAUAAUGCACACCAUCAUGGAAAUAGAAAAAAUCUUUUCUCCCAGUAGCCCAGAGGAGCACCCAGGACUCCGAAACUUUUUUCGAGCAAAGUUUAACUCAUACAAGGCGCUAAGAAUGAUGAUAUUGUCGGAUUUCUUUCGGCACGCCUUUGACGGAUCCGGUGAUGAUGGUGGAAGUUGUAUCGAUGGAAGGUUGACAUCCGCAUGGAAUUGGUGCCACCAACUCGAAAAGAAGAGUUACUACGAUGCAUUUGUCUUGACAGGGUUCAGCGGAUUUGAUUAA